AUGUCGCUGAAGUUAGGGUUGAUUGAAGAUCUGGGCAGCAUGUGGGUAACCUUCAGACACUCGGCGAUGGCUUGAAAAAUUAGUGUUUCGGUGGGACUCAAACCUUGGUCCACGGGCUCACCACACCUGUACCCUGACCACCUGGCCACCGCCUCCCCGUGUAUAGAGAGAGAUCAGUUCAUUAGUGUUUCGGUGGGGCUCAAACCUUGGUCCACGGGCUCACCACACCUGUACCCUGACCACCUGGCCACCGCCUCCCCGUGUAUAGAGAGAGAUCAGUUCAUUUGUGUUUCGGUGGGACUCAAACCUUGGUCCACGGGCUCACCACACCUGUACCCUGACCACCUGGCCACCGCCUCCCCGUGUAUAGAGAGAGAUCAGUUCAUUAAGGCGGCUUUACACCUGGCAAUUCCUGGCCGGCAAUACAGCCGCGACGAUCUCGGCUGGGUGCUCUCGGGAGCAAUAUUGCUCGGGAGCAAGUACGUUCACGCGUGGGAGGACCCGCCGGGAGCAUCAACACGUAAACUGCUAGUCUUUUUGAAAAUUCCGCGGAGCCCGUCCCCGGUGAGAGCACCGUCCCCCUCGGUGAAGCGGCGAAGAAGUUUGGCGUGUUUGUGGUGGGCGGCUCACUGCCGGAGAGGGAAGGCGACAAGGUCUACAACACCUGCACAGUCUGGGGGCCGCAGGGCAACAUGGUAGCUAAGCACAGAAAGAUGCAUCUCUUUGACGUCAACAUUCCUGGUGAACUGGUCAUGGAAGAGUCCAGCUGCGUCACUCCCGGCAACACCUUGACCACCUUUGACCUCCCCCAGUGUAAGAUUGGUCUCGGCGUCUGUUACGACAUGAGGUUUCCAGAAAUGGCCCGACUCUAUGCAAAGUCAGGUUGCAAAGUUUUGCUGUACCCCGGAGCCUUCAGUGAGAUAGUCACCGGCCCAACCCAGUGGGAGCUGCUGCAACGAAGCCGUGCCCUCGACAACCAGGUGUACGUGGCGGCCUCUGCUCCCGCUCGCAACACAAACCAUUCUUAUGUCACCUGGGGCCACUCCUCUAUUGUCAACCCCUUGGGGAAGGUCAUCGCCACUUGUGAGGAAAAAGAGACCAUCGUCUAUGGUGACCUGG